AUAUAUAUAGUAACAUACAUGAAGCAAAACAAGAAGAUAGAACUUAGAAGAACACUUUUGAGUUCAUAUUAUUUGUAACUAUAUCUUAUAAAGUUAUCAUUCCAAUGGAAAUCCAAUUCCAACAAUAUCCAAGAGGAGGGAAUAGAGCGUCGGUUCCAAAACCGAGCAAAGGAAGAGGUAGAAACGGCAAUGGAAACAACAACAACAAGUAUAUAGGGGUGAGACAAAGGCCUUCAGGGAGAUGGGUGGCUGAGAUCAAAGACACAACACAAAAGAUCAGGAUGUGGCUCGGGACUUUUGAGACGGCUGAAGAAGCGGCUCAAGCCUAUGAUGAGGCGGCUUGCCUUCUUCGUGGUUCAAAUACACGAACCAACUUCAUAACCCAUGUCUCUCAUAACUCCCCACUCGCUUCCCGCAUAAGAAACUUGCUCAACACCAAGAAAAUGGCCAAAAAGAGGAAUCAAGAUUCUUGUAUUCCCGCGGUUCCAAGUACAAUUAAUGUUGCUAAUAGUUUAAGUAUUAGCAACAGUAGUAGCAGUAGCAGUAAUAGUAAUAGUAAUAGUAACAGUAGUGCGAGUCAUAGUGGUGGGAGUGGGGACUCGCUUUCUUCUAGUGAAAAAGUAGAAGAAAAUGUUUCUCAACUAUUCGAUGAUGCUUAUAAGCCGGAUUUAAGCAACUGUUCUUCUGAAGCAUGUGAUUUUUCAUGGGGUUUUGGAGGUAAACUUGAUCAAAAAUAUCCAUCGAGCCAAGCAGUGUUUGAGUUGCCUAACUCAGGAACGGAUCUUUCUGAAUUCGAGAGGAUGAAAGUGGAAAGACAAAUAUCGGCUUCAUUAUAUGCCAUGAACGGGGUUCAAGAAUAUAUUGAAACCGUUAAUGACUCUAAUGAAGGGAUAUGGGAUCUACCUCCUUUAUGUUCUUUGUUUUGUUAAUUUUUAUAUUUUUAGUAUUUAGUUGCGGUUUUAUAAAAACAAGGAACUUUCUGAGAGAUGAACCGAUGUAGAUGUUCUUGCUAUUGCUAAGAUGUAAGAAGCAAAAAUAUCAAGUUGUUCAUUUGACUUUUGUGGAAGGUUGGUUUCCAUUGUCAUUUUCAAGUUAGUUUAAUCUGCAAUCAUAUGAAUAUCAAGAUAUUGAUGUCGUAGUUUGAAUUAUUUUGUUUCUCUUGCUUAUUUAAUAAAAAAAGUUACAUGUUGA